AUGAUGCGAGUGGUAUUGAUCGUCCGUGUCCGGAUCAAUGGAGAGACAGAAAGACCACUCUGGCAGACGACGAGCUUCGGGAGGACUAAAGAAUCUUCGGACCUGUUCAAGCGCCAGAUCAGUGCCGGUCCAGCGUUCAACCUGACACCAACACAACUCUCGCCCACACGCGUUCCCACUUCACAACACGCCAUGGCUCGACCUCCUGAAAUGACCCAUCUCGUUGGUCGAACUAAGUCCUCUCCGUCCGAUCACGCUCGUGCCCUGAUGACCCAAUCUGCUAUCCGCGGUCAGUUCAACGAGGCGGUUGUCCUAGACGAUCCGGAUACAAUGGAUCUAUUCGAUUCACCUGCACGUCUUGCCUGCCCACGUCCCAUGGUUUCCAUCUCUCCAGAACAUGCCCCACGCUACUUUGCCGAUCCUCGUUUCGUCGCUUCGGACCAGCAUCAUCGAACCAGUUUGGAUCGGGGACAUGCAAAUCGGUUACAUGAAUCGUUUGAAUUAUCUCGUGAUUCGGGAGCUUCGUAUCCAUCCUCCACGUCCUCUAUGACCCAAUCCGUUUUCUUCCCGUCAGAUUCUGCCUGGAUGGCUUCUGGACACCAUGCCUAUGAUGGAGGUCAAUCAUCUACAACUGCCAGUACCGCGGCUUCAGCGUCCGGGAGGAGACGACGUGUACGACAGGGUGUGAUGCGAUCACAUAGUCAGCGAGCUGCGGAGCUGUUCGAUCCCAGAUUCAUGGGUGGUGGAACAGUCCCUGAACCGCAAGGUUUUGCCUUCUCCCCGGCAUUCUACCAACGCAGCAUCAGUCACACAGUUCCUUUGGAAGCAAUGGGACCAGAUAUGGCUUGGCCUCCCGUACUUGCCCAGUGGCACCAUCGACGUCCCGUGGCUGGCGAUCCAAACCUGUUCACUUCUCAGCCCCUAGAUGCGGGGGUCGUUCGAAAAGAGCGCAUUUUGUGUGGAGGACGUUCUUCGAAUGAUUUAAUUCAUGUAAACCGGACAAAACACGGUCAUCCUCAACAUCAUCAUAGCGCCUCUGCCAUUUACGAGUGUCUAGAGGAACAACCGUGA